AUGGCUUCCACAAGCAGUGCUUCAGCCACUUUGCCUACUAUUUGCACUAAACUUGAUCUAUCAGAUAGUUCUUCAUACCUUCCAUCCAACUUGUUUCAGCCAAGAAACUCAUUUUUUAAUCGCAAGCAAACCACACCUGGCGUACAGCAAUUAUUGCUGCGAAGAAAUCAAUUGGAUUCACUGCAGACGUAUGCCAAAGCACUAUUACAGUUCAAACAACAUUUGACAGAGUUAUCGCUGAGAGAGAACAACUUCAGUCAAUUUCCAAUUGAAAUCCUAGUAUUAAAGAACUUGACAUCCUUAUCGCUCGCCAACAAUCAGCUUGAAGUAAUACAUAAAGAUAUCUUGUCGCAGUUACCCAACCUGCAAUGGCUCAACCUGGCUCAUAAUCGACUGACAGAGCUUCCAGUGGAUAUCGUUUGCUGUCAUUAUUUAAGAGGAUUGGAUCUAGAGAGCAACAACUUUUCAUCUUUUCCUAGUAUCAUCUUUUAUUUGACUCGCCUUGAGGUGCUCAUGUUUCAAAAAAACAAGGUCAAAGUCAUUCCUCCAAAUUAUAACUUUCCACCUACUUUACAUACACUCAACUUGGCAUUUAACACAUUGACUCAAGUUCCAAAUACGCUACUCCACCAACCACCCGAUGCGCUGACACACUUACAUCUCUCAGGCAACAGGCUUGGACAAUUGCCACCUAAAUUCUUAUCUUGUGGAUAUUCAAAGCUAGUCAGUCUAGACUUGCACACAUGCCAAUUGACCAGAGUUCCAAGCAAGUUCUUUGAGCGUCUAUCCAAAUGCAAAGACCUGCGAAGACUCAACCUGGCCAUCAACCGUCUGGCCGAGGUGCCACCUGAAAUUGGCUUGCUUUCUCAAUUGCAGUGGCUUAAUUUAAAUGAUAAUCGCAUUACGCACUUGCCAGACACCAUAUCAUCGUUGACGCAUCUGGUGAAAUUGGGCUUGGUGCAGAAUCAGCUCAAAAUCUUGCCUCCAUUCAUGUUUUUGCACAUGCUGGAACUUCAAAAACUGGAUAUCCGUCGCAACCAACUGAAAUACAUGCCUCCUUCCAUCCUGGCACUGGCACCGAGACAAGAGGUGGAUAUUCAUGUAGAUCUGGCUGUGCCUCAUUUGGUUUUUAGUACGCUGUCCAACCCUCCCUGCCACAGCAAUGACCAACUUGGUGCCGAUUGUCAUCCCUAUGGUGGGUCGUUGCGCACAUUGUUGUUCUAUGAGAACACCACGAUUGAACAUGUGGACGGUAUACUUUGCGAAUUGGACAAUUUUGAGGAUGAAGAAGACGGUAUUGAAGGAGUACAGGUGAUGUCACUCUCCAGCGCGUACAGUGUACUUCAAACAGCUCAAACCAACAACAAAAAGGCGUUGCGUGAUGCAUUAUACAGCAAGAGGAACAUCCCUUACUGCAGUGAUGCUAAAUUCAGGAGAUCAGAUCAUCCCAUGCCCAACUUGCUUUCUGAAAUUGACGAUGAGGAAAACGCUAUUAGUGGUGAUGAAGAUGACAUGGAUGAAGAGAAAGAAGCACUCAAAAAAGAAACACAGCGUAUUCUGACCCAAGUAGCAAGCCUACGAGAAACAUGUCUACGAACCCACUUGACACACUCACACAGGUAUCUCAAGACGAACAAGCGCAUCGAUCAGUAUACCGAAAAGGUCUACGAUUUUAUAGACAGUGCUUUACAUACAACCAUCGUGCCCAGCUACAUCAACCAGUACGCACAAGCACUGGCACGACAAUGCGACUACUGUCAUUCUUGGAAUACACAAUCUGCGUUUCAGAUAGGUUACCUCGCUCGCUUGUGCAAUAAUCGUCUGCAAAUUCCAGUUCGGUUCCACAUGUGCUCCAUUGAAUGUACUCUGGAUGCGGUCAUCAAGCUGUACCAAAGCACCAUGGACUGGCAUACACGACAGUCCUUGGCCCAUAUCGAUGCUACUUUACUCCUACCUUCUGUCAAUCCAAUGUCCAAUGUGCCAACUUUAGUACAAGCACCGCCACAAGCACCACCAUCUGCCACUAGAAGUUCUACUGCCAAUCGCAUCAUUCAAAGUGUACCUUCUGUCAAUACGAACUACUGGCAUGUAGGGCUUUCCAGCAGUAAUGCGAGACGUGCUUCCACUCAAACAAAUGGCACUCUGGGCACCAUACAAAAUGACGACGAUGUCUCUCAGCAUGACCAAGAGCACGAUUCACUCCUGACGCAAAGAUCCAGAUCUACAUCCUCCUCAUCAUCGACCACUGCCACGACACUAUCGGACUCCACCAGCAGCGAUGACUAUUCAAUGGCUGGACAACCCUCUCUUGCAAGAACCAUCCGAAAUCGAGUGACACAAUUUGCAUCUACUUUCUUUAUUGGAAGCGCUAAUAGCCAAGCUGAUAUCCGUAUUGUAGAUCAAGAAAGCAGCAUUAGUAAUAGUACUAGUAGCACGCGCUGUCAAAGCAGUAUCCAGCAGCAGCAUCAAGAGCCAUCUCAUCCGCCGCUUUCAUCUCUGGUGCUCCCCAACCUCAAUCUUGGCACCACAUCCACAGCGUCAUCCACAGCAAGAGAGUUCAUUGAAGAAGAGCCUCCAUCCAUUAUAUCCAUCACAUCCCGCCUCGUAGAAGGCAGACUGCAAACAGAGCGCACACAACCACAGCUGCGCUUAUCAGCACCUACACCGAGUCCUACUGCGUUUAAUCAUCUGCCGAGAGACGCUAUACGCUUGGAAAAGUUCUAA